GGCAAGUGUGAGCUAGGUUAGUUAACGCUGGCUAGCAAACCGCUUUCUAUUUCCUCCUCAAAACAGUGGCUCGAGCUUAUUUCAACUAUAUGGAUGUAUUUUCAUUGCAAUUAGGUAUUGAACCGUUGGGUCUGGUGUUAGUUCAUUUAUUCCAGUAGCUGUAAAUUGUCCCCAAAUUCGACACAUGCGAGGCUAGCAUUAUGUCAACAUCCCAUGACGGUGAGAGCUGCUAGGAGUUUGAGUUGUUGAGGACAGACUGAUAAGCUGGUUCACGAUGAAGACCAAUAAGUCAUACAAGCUCGUGCUGCACAAGAAAGGUUUUGGUGGAAGUGAUGAUGAGUUGGUUGUCAACCCAAAAGUUUUCCCUCAAGUCAGUCUGAGGGAUAUAAUCGAGAUCGCACACCCCACCGAUGAAUACAGUCCUCUCCUGCUGCAGGUGAAGAGCCUGAAAGAGGACCUUCAGAAAGAGACAAUCAGUGUGGACCAGACUGUAGCACAAGCCUUCAAGCUGCGUGCCUACCAGGAUGUCAUUGUUACCAUUGUCGACCCAAAGGAUGUAACUCUGGACCUGGUGGAGCUGACGUUCAAGGACCAGUACAUCGGCAGAGGAGACAUGUGGAGACUAAAGAAGAGUCUGGUGAGCACAUGUGCUUAUGUGACGCAGAAAGUGGAGUUUGCAGGAAUCAGAGCCCAGGCCAGUGAACUCUGGAUGAAGGGAGAGAAAGUGACCUGUGGGUACAUCAGUGAAGAAACUAGGGUGGUGUUCAGAUCCACAUCUGCAAUGGUGUACAUCUUUAUCCAGAUGAGCUGUGAGAUGUGGGACUUUGACAUCUAUGGUGAUCUCUACUUUGAGAAGGCUGUAAAUUGUUUCCUGUCUGACCUUUUCACCAAGUGGAAGGAGAAGAACUGCAGUCAUGAGGUGACAGUUGUACUUUUCUCCCGUACAUUCUACAAUGCCAAAACUAUUGAUGAAUUUCCUGAGAUUCUGAGAGGGUCCAUCAGACAGGAUCAUGAGGGACGUUUUUAUGAAGACUUUUACAGGGUUGUGGCUCAGAAUGAGAGACGGGAUGAGUGGACAUCAUUACUGGUCACUAUCAAGAAGCUCUUCAUUCAGUAUCCUGUCCUGGUGCGGCUGAAAGAAGCAGAUGGUUUUCCUAUUGGUUACAACUCAACUGCUGCUCAAGGAAACUACCUGGAGGCCAUUAACCUUUCCUUCAAUGUGUUUGACAAGCACUACAUCAACCGUAACUUUGACCGCACCGGCCAGAUGUCAGUGGUCAUCACACCCGGGGUGGGAGUGUUUGAAGUUGACCGUCUGCUUAUGAUUCUCACCAAACAGCGUAUGAUUGACAACGGUAUUGGGGUAGACUUGGUGUGCAUGGGGGAGCAGCCAUUGCACGCAGUACCCUUAUUCAAGCUGCACAACAGGGUGACACCUGGAGACUCUCGUGUGGGAGACGACUAUAACCUUCCUCACUGGAUCAACCACAGCUUCUACACCUCCAAAAGUCAGAACUCUUGCAGUUCCUUCACCCCUCGAAUCAAACUGGCUGGCCGCAAGCUUCAUGCUGAGAAAUUCAAGAGCAGCAAGGAACACACUCUCUGUGCGCCAAAGGACUCUGAAAACAGCCUGCCUAUUCAGGUGGACUACGACGCCUAUGAUGCUCAGGUGUUCAGACUGCCCGGUCCUUCAUUGAUUCAGAGGAGCACCAACUUCAGGAUGGGUCGAGACAAAGAGACGAGUGUGAGGAAGAGCUGGGGCUCGGUGGACGUCAGUGCAGGCAUAGGCGUGUCCCCUCCCGUUCGCUCUGGAGGCAGCCUGGCCUCUGAUGAUAGUCUGGGCCCCGUGUCCAACAUGCUGCUCAUACCCCGCAUGCCUCCCGCCCAGUAUGAAGUCAGCAGCUCCCUCGGAUACACCAGCACCAGAGAGUUGUUGGAGAAGAUGAUGGACUCUCAGCGGGACUCCAGUGCCCCGGGCAGGUUCACAGUGGGAAGCGCUGAGUCCACUUUGCACAUCCGUCCAGGAGGUUACACCCCUCAGAGAGCCCUCAUAAACCCCUUCACCCCGUCCAGAAUGCCCAUGAAGCUCACCUCCAACCGGCGGCGGUGGAUGCACACCUUCCCUGUCGGUCCUUCUGGAGAAGCAAUCCAGAUCCAUCACCAGACCAGACAGAACAUGGCCGAACUGCAGGGCAGCCAGCAGAGAGAUCCCGCCCACACCUCCGCUGAGCUGCUGGAGCUGGCCUAUCAUGAGGCCACUGGAAGGCGAACGGCCUCUAGGCAUGCAGGAGAGAACGGCCUUUACGUUGGAGGAGGGAUGGAAGAGUUGACUGGAAGUCCAGGGAGCAACAACAGUGGAACUCUCACCAACCGCGGCUCCACAUUUCAAGACUUUUCCAUCAGUGGUGCCGAUCCAACCCUGCUGCUGUCUGCGCCCCCCACAGUGCCCAGCUUCUGCUGCACAGUGGGUGUGGACUGGAAGUCUCUGACCACCCCGGCCUGCCUGCCCCUCACCACCGACUACUUCCCCGACCGCCAGGCGCUACAGAACGACUACACGGAAGGCUGCUACGACCUUCUGCCGCACAGCGACCUGGAGAGGUAGGCAAUUUCCUGUCUUCAGAGUAGAACUGUCUAUAGUCGGUCACUUAGUGCCCGCUAAGACAGAACCGGCUAAGACACUCAACAGCUGUCCAUAAAUUCACAUGCCUGAGAGCGUCAUUUACA